UGUUGCGCUCGCGGUGCGUCAGACUACCGCUCUUGCGCUUCUGCAACAUGCACCACAAGACGUCAAACAAUAAAAAACACCUCUGAAAUGAGGGUAAGUAACUCCACCAAAUCCAAAAGCACAGACUAUUGUGACUUUCUGGAAUAAGUUUCUGCUCGUCAGGGGGAACUUCUAGGUAUCUGUGAGGAAGGAAACACUGCGUCUUUAUCUGCCUCUAAUGCUUCUGAAUAAUUCUCUUCAGAGUGAGUACAAAUAACGCUGUUUUUUUAAUUAUUAUUAUUAUUUUUAAAUCAACAGAUGGCCGUUUUGGCGAACCACAAACUUUGGAGAUCCGUGGAUUAUUGCAAAUUGGUUCUUUUACAACUGGACAAGCAGCACAGAGUGACAGACAGACUCAUGACAUCCUAACUGCUGUCUGGAGGUGUUUCUCGGUGAAGUGUGCAGCAAUGGAUUCGCUGUACAUCGCUAUUGAGCUGGUGAUCGCCGUCCUGUCAAUCUCCGGUAAUGUGCUGGUGUGCUGGGCUGUGGCCAUCAACUCCACUCUCAAGAACGCCACCAAUUACUUUCUGGUGUCACUAGCCGUGGCAGAUAUUCUGGUUGGCUGUCUUGCAAUCCCUUUUGCCAUCACUAUAAGCAUUGGUCUGCGCUCAGACUUCUAUGGAUGCCUUUUCCUGGCGUGUUUCGUUCUGGUACUGACUCAAAGUUCAAUAUUUAGUCUUCUGGCGGUUGCCAUCGACAGAUAUCUGGCUGUAAAAAUCCCCCUGAGGUAUAAGGAGCUUGUCACAGGGAAAAGGGCAAGAGAGAUCAUUGCCAUUUUAUGGAUCUUAUCCUUCAUCAUUGGACUCAUUCCAUUCGUUGGCUGGAACCUUAAAGACUUGGCCUGUUCCAGAAACAAAACCAGCAAUAGCAGUGAUGCCGCUCAGAUAGAGACGGGCUUCUUGCAAAGCUGCCACCUCAAGUGCUUCUUCGAGAACGUGGUGAACAUGAGCUACAUGGUGUACUUCAACUUCUUCGGUUGCGUACUUCCACCUCUGCUCAUCAUGCUGGGCAUUUACGCCAAGAUCUUCACAGUGGCACGUAAACAGCUACGUCAGAUCGAGCUGAAAUGCAGCGUGAGUAACGGUGAGAAUCACCACCACGGCCUGCUGCAGCGGGAGAUUCGUGCCGCCAAAUCGCUCUCCAUCAUCGUGGGCCUGUUCGCUGUCUGCUGGCUGCCCGUGCACAUCUUGAACUGCCUCACUCUGUUCUACGAGCUGAAAAAGCCCAACUUUAUCAUGAACAUCGCCAUCAUCCUCUCGCACACCAACUCUGCCGUCAAUCCCAUCAUCUACGCCUACCGCAUCCAGGAGUUCAGAGUCACUUUUAGGAAGAUUCUGAACCGGCAUUUCUUUUGUCACCGGGACGAGUUGUAUCACAGCUCCAAUAGAAGCAGCUGUCACAGAGACCAGAUUACAAUGACCAUCGACCCUCUACUUUAGAGGUCUUUGUCAAAAUACAUGAGAGAAAUGUUUACAGACCAAAGAACUGCAAACAGCAUGAUCUUGUAUUAAGAUGAUGUCUAGCAGGGUCCACUAUUCAUGAAGCCAAUGUGGACACGAUCGAACAUUUUGAGGAUUUAACAUUGAACUGUGAAAAAAAAAAAAAAAAAAACUCUACCACUACAAAUGUGGAAAUAUUGCAUUUCAGAUUGCAUUUCCAAGCACUUAGAGACUUUGGAAGCAGCUUUAGGUCAAGCCUUAGUGCAGGAAUGAAAGCUAAGAGAGGCCGGUGGGCCUCUGGAAGUGCUGAACGAUGAACUGAUCCACGUAUGAGAAACCUACAUCAAUAUCCUAUAGAAAACUUUUUUUUUUUUUAAUAAUUUUGGGCAGCUUUAGUUAAAUCUUGAAUGAUCUCUUGUCUGUAGAACAGCCCAGAGGAACAAUCUGAAUUCAUAAGGCACAUCAGCUGAAUACACCGCCAUGGAACAGGGAACAAAGAAACCGAUUGAAUUGCUUGAAUGUAUUCGUUCCUUUUGUUGUUUUUUUACAGUUGAGACGGCUAGUUUAGAUGCCUCACGAACACAAGGUAAAAGCAAAUUUAAGAACCCAUAAUAGAAAGAAUCAUAAAAUGAUUUUCUGCACAGCCAAUUAUGAAAAAUUACCCCACUUUUCAGUUUUUUCAUCACUUCAAAGGCACUACUGGUCCAUUCACAGCUCAGUUAACCCAACAAGUUCAUAUGUGAAACCAAAAUGACAGAUACAUUGGGUACACUGUACAGUGUCCAGUGACCCCAACUGUAUUUGGACAGGCUCACCUCAAAAUGUGUUGCAUUAAAGUGCCAUAAUACUCUGAGUUUUUAUUUCAUAUUGUUUUAUAGCUUCUAACAAAUAAAGAUAGCUAUGUUUCUUUAAAAUAAAUGCCACUUUGAUGUUGUGUUAUCUAAUGCAAUUACAUUUUUUGAUGUUGCUGAAGUGUACAAAUACUUUUGGGGUCAGCGUGUUACUAAAUGACCAUGACACUCUCUUUCUUUCUGGCAUAACCUGAGACAAGACUGAGUUGAGCUGCAUGAACUUCAUAAGUUUGUCUAACUUGAUGAUCAUGUUCUUCAGUAUGAUUUGAAAUGAUCCAAGGAACAUCUUGAGCUUCACUGAAAGAACAUCAAUGCAGAGUCACAUGAUCAAUGUCACUCAUAUACUUAAUGACCAAAAAAUAGCGCUGAUAUAACCUUAAAUAUUCAUGCUUCUUUGUUUAAACUUUUUCAAAGAGUAGAAAAAAACGGUUCAAUUUAGAACCGGUUUAUUCGUUUUUGCAAGUUAAAUUAGAUUUGAAUCCCAGGUUUUCACUGUGGACUCAAACGUCACUUUAAUAUCAGUGUCCUCAGAUUUCUGAUGUCUGUCUGCUAAUGUGUCACAGCCCUUAGGAAUCAGUUUAUUGAAUCUCUGACUGUGACAGACUACCCAGACCGAAAACCAACAGCAGCUGACCUGGAGCAAAGACUGUCUCCUCUGGAGAGAGAUUUACAGUGUCACCACCAGAGCUGGACAGUUUAUAACAAUCUGUAGUGUCAAUACUGACACUCUCUUCUAUUAAUCACCAACCACCUUCACAGUAUAUCUACAGAUCUAGAGAAAGGUCUGCUCUUCAUUCAUCAGUGCUUUAACUGGCUCAUCUAGACUAGAUUUUGAUGAAUCGAAAUUAUGAUUAUAAAAUGAUUAAAAGCUCAGAGCUCUUGGCACAGUGAUUUGAGCACAUCCUCCUCAGACAUUGAGCUUUGGAGAUGUAAGUUUUAGUCAUCCCAUUCUAGAUGUAGGUUUCUUCAUCCCAAUCUCCAUCUCUCACCAAUUAUUUCUCCCUCCCCUAUAUGUCUGUCCAGUUAAACAGGCAAAAUAUAGCUAUAUUUAGUGUGUCAUCUGAAGAGAUCCUGUUAAAAUACAUUGUACAGUGUAUUUACAUAUUACACUCAUUUUCUGUGUCAGGUUAUAAUAUAACCUGACCAAGUGUAGGUCAUGAAAAUGCCUUAAACUCUUCUUUUAUUGAUCAUUGGUCAUAAAAAGUUAAAGCCUCAUCAAAGAUUUUUGCACUUUUUCCAGUUUGGCUCUGUUUAAAAAAAAAAAAAAAAAAAAAAAAACUUUAUUGAUGUCUGGAUGGUUUAUUCAAUAUUCAAUGUCUUUUUGUGUAUGUUUGAUUUUUUUUGGCAUCAAUUUCUUUGCAUUGUUAGGUUUUUUAUAAGCUGAUUUUAGUCUCACAAAUCACUAGGUAUAUUUACAUGCACCAAUUUUUGUAAAUCAGAUCAGAAUGAAUGCAAUCCGAUUUAAGAGAAGCUGUUUAUAUAAACUCUAAAAGAUCCAAUCUGAUUCACAUAUUUGUGAGUUUGCAUGCAUUCCACACAAAACUUCAGUGAGCUCCGUUCAGAACUGAAGACACCGCGAAAAGUCACUGGAUCUACAGUGAGCAUCCUUGUGCUUUUUUACCUUGAUAACAUUACCAAAAAGGCCAAAAGACCUUUUUUAGUAGUUUAUAAGAAAUAAGAAGUAAUGAAACCCACUCACAUGGUGUUUUUGAAUCUAAUUCAAAUAGCCGAUUUAAGAGUUCCCAUUUGAAUGGAUUUUGAGUCUACACUUCUUUCAAUCCAACUCAUUGAGAUCAGUUGAGGUGUUACCAUGAAAGCUUUUCAGUAUGAUUUAGCCAUUAUAAACGGAUUAUUUGGGUGCAUGUAAAUGUAGCUAUUGGCUUAUUGGCUAUCUGAAGCAUUUUACAAAUAAGGACACAACUUAUGGUCUAACAUUCUGUACCCUGUCUAGAGUGAAUGUUCAUUGGUCCAAAAUCCCACUCCACAUACUAUACUUUUUGAGUGAACUAUUCCUUUGGUACCUGACACAAACUGACAUAUGCACUGAUGUGUUUGUCCCUGACAGUGACACGCCUUCCCCGACCGCAGCUGUGCCAACGGUUUAUUUAUUGUAGGGAAGAAAGCUGUUCUUGAGCAGUAUUUGUGUGUUUUGUAAUCUAUAAACGAUGUAAAUGUACAGAUAUUUGUUACUGUUUGCAAGGGCUAAACUACAGGAGUGUGCCAGACAUCUUGGACAUUCCCAUGGAGACGAAUCUGUACUGCACUGCAACUGUGUUAGCUGAUGUUUUAUUCCUUUACCGAAGUACUUUCUGUUGAAAGCAGAAAAACAAACGGCCUUUUCUUAACCAGUCAAGUGUAACUGAAUUUUAUUCUUGUCUUUGGAGCGAACAGAAAAGAGUCUGUGCUUUAAAUAGUGUAUGUUUUUGAUGUGUGUAUUUGUCACUAAUCUACAUACACGGUGAUGUUCUCUUGUAUGUGCUGAAAGAUAAUAGCUUCAUGACAAAAAACUUUAGCAUCAAAAUGGAGUCUUGUUAUUUAACAUGAAUAAAUCUCUAUGUACGGUGAAUUAUUUUAUUAAUAAAAGAUGUUUAUAUA